AUGGGCCCGUGCGCGGGGAGCGCGCGAUCGCGCGCGGGCGCGAGGGCGACGACGACGCGGUGGAGGUCUUGUCGCGACGGGCGUUGGCGGGGAAGGCGGUGACGCUCGCGGCGGCGCUCGCGGCGUGGCCGGCGGAUAAGCGGGCGCUGGCGGAGGGAUCGAUCGAGAGCGAGUACUGGGAGCGCGUGGAGCUGCCGCUCGAACCUGGGGUCAUUCUUCUGGAUAUCGCGUUCGUGAACGAACAGCGUGGAUUUUUGCUCGGGACGAGGCAGACGAUCUUGGAGACGACGAACGGUGGGAAGACGUGGGACGCGCGGGAUCUGACGGGUUUGUUGGACGACGACGUGAAUUAUCGGUUCAACAGCGUGUCGUUCGCCGGCGAAGAGGGCUGGAUCAUCGGUAAACCGGCGGUGCUGUUGCACACUGUGGACGGCGGUAAGAACUGGGAACGCGUUGGUUUGAGUCCGAGACUUCCGGGCGCCCCGUUGUUGGUCACGGCGGUGAAGGACAACGGCACGGCGGAGAUGGUCACCGACGAGGGCGCCAUUUACUUCACCAAGGACGCCGCGCGCAACUGGAAGGCUGCCGUCGAAGAGACCGUCUCCGCGACGCUCAACCGAACGGUAAGCUCCGGUAUCACCGGUGCCUCGUACUACACGGGCACCUUCUCCACCGUCUCGCGCAACGACAAGGGCGAAUACCUCGGCCUGAGCUCUCGCGGUAACUUCUACAUGACCUGGGCCCCGGGUCAGGCUUACUGGCAACCGCACAACAGAACUUCGGCCAGACGCGUGCAAAGCAUGGGCUGGCGCAAAGAUGGCGGGGUCUGGGAACUCACUCGCGGCGGUGGCGUCUUCCAGUCUCAAGACAUCGGUCUUCCGGAGGAAGAUUCGGAGUUCGUCGAGGCAAAAAUCGGCUCGCGCGGUUUCGGCCUCCUUGAUCUCGGAAGCGAUCCAAAGGGUAACACGUACUGGGCCGUCGGAGGUUCGGGCAGCGUCUUCUACUCCACGGAUGGCGGCAAAAGCUGGAAGCGCGACCGCGGCACCGAUAACGUCGCGGCCAACCUCUACAACGUCAAGUUCCAAUCUGAGACGCAAGGUUUCAUCCUCGGUAACGACGGUGUUUUGUUGCGCUACAUCGGUCGCAGCCCGAAGUGA